CCAGCCCUCGCCCCAACAUGAAGUUGAUCAUCCUGAUCGCUUUUUUGGCUCUUCUUAAUCUAGCGAAAUCACAGAACUGUAACAAUGAUUGCUCGAGAAUCGGAAUUAAUUUCCUUUGCGGGAAAACUGUGAGGAAUGGCAGGGAAAUACGCUGUACCUAUAGGAAUCCUUGCGAAAUGCAUUUGCAUGCCUGCCAGAAACGGGAGGAGUGGAGAAAAGAUACAACAGGUCGAUGCACACGCGACUCGGAGGAAUGCAGACGGUAGGGGGAAAAUUACCAGGCGCAGAAGAAGCAGCUGAAUAUUUUUAAGAAUGUAUAAAUAUUGACACAAUUGACAGGGCGAAAAAUAAAAAGUAAAAUUUAUUACAGUCUCUG